UGAUAAUCCAAGUCCAAAAUGAAAACAACAAUGAAAGCCAGUAACGUCAUCUACCAAAUUCCACAACACCAACAUCAUCAACAAUAAUAUUCCAAAUCACCAACACCGUCACGCAUCACCACCAUAGGAACUAGCCUCAAGUUUCAUCAAAUGGGUGCUGCUGAACCAGUGGUUGAGAGAAGGAAUGAAACUGGGAAUGAAGUUGAAGUGAGAGAAAGGGAUGCAAAGAUAAUUGAGGAUUUGGAGAAAGGUGAAGUGGGUUUUGAAGAGAGAGUGAUUCACCAUGAAAAUGAAGGUAAUAAUCAGCAGCGUGAUAAUAACAAUCAUGAAGAAGAAUUUCAGCUCCCAAUGUUCCAAAGGUUGAACCCAACAAACCCUUUAAGGAUAGUGAUUAACAGUAACACCAGAGUUGCAGCUCCUUCCCCUCCUUCUCAUCAAUCUCAACGCUCUCACCCUCCUCCUCCUCCUCCUUCUCGUUCUAUUCCAACUCCAUCUCCCAUUCCUAUCCCACAACAACAACAUCAACAGCAUCAACCGGUGACUUUGAAUUCUAAAAAAUAUACCAACAGAAUAUCCUUGUUUCUCUUUGUUCUGCAUAUGUUCUUGGCAAUUGUUCUUGUCUGUUUUCUUGUGUUCAAGGGGGUCCAAGGUCUCAUCCAAGCAUCAGAUUCUUCCAUGAAAAGAAAAGAAAAAAAUGUUUUAAAGUAUUUGCUUCCUCAAGUGGAAGCUGCAUCUUUCAUGAGCAUCAUUCUUGCAUUUGUUUGGCAAGAAGCAAUCAGGAAAUGGCCCACUUUUAUGGUCCAUUUCAUAUUAUGGUGCACUUUUGUUAUGUCCCUCGCCGCAGGGAUUCUAUUAAUCUGCUUCCAGAUGCCUCCCUCUGAUGCUGUUGGUGUGUGUUUCAUUGCAUUCGCAAUCGGGAACGGCUUGUAUGCUUGUUGGGUUAGUCAUAGGAUCAAGUUUUGCUGCAAAGUCUUGAGUCUUUCACUUCAGCCUGUGGCUAAAUUUCGCGACUUGAACAAGACUACAUAUCAGAUGCUUGUGGCCGGGUUCUUGUGGAUAUCCUUGUGGAUUCUAGCAGUGAUUGGGUCAUUGAAUUUCUAUUUCCCACCUUUGAUUAUCAUUGCCUUGGUGUUGAGCUUGGCUUGGACCACAGAGGUUAUGAGGAAUGUGGUUAACAUCACAGUUAGCAGGGUUAUUGCAUUGUAUUACUUGAGGGGAAUGCAGUCUAGUACCCAAUUCUGCUUCCUCAGAGCGAUGACUCGGAAUCUUGGAAGUGCUUGUUUGGGGUCUCUGUUUGUUCCUGCAAUUGAAGCACUGAGAAUUGUUGCCAGGGCUCUGAAUUUGCUUGAGGGGGAAGAUGAGUUCAUGUUCUGUUGUGCUCAUUGUUGCCUCAAUGUCAUGGAAUCGAUUUUUAGAAAUGGCAAUGGCUGGGCAUAUGUACAGAUAGCAGCAUAUGGAAAAGGUUUUGUAAUGGCAUCUCAAGAUACUUGGGCCCUUUUUGAGAAGGAAGAUAUGGUGCCGAUUGUUGACUCAGAUAUAACAAGCUCAAUUUGUUUUCUUACUGGAGUUUGCAGCGGUUCUAUAUGUGUCAUUGUGGUGGCUGCUUGGACCUAUCAUGUGCACCGAAGUUUCACAGCCACUUUGUCACUCCUCACAUUCUUCAUUGGAUACCUUUUGACUAGGAUAGCGAUGGCAGUGCCUCAUGCCUGUGUGAGUUGUUAUUAUGUGUGCUAUGCCGAGAAUCCAGAGAACAGGCUAUUUGACAAAACAAUAAAGGAUCGUCAAGCCUUGUUAAAAACAGGCCGUGAUGCGGUUGUGCCUACUCCAAGGAUUAGGAGGAAUACAAGGAGUUAACUUGCGUUGUGUUAAUUUUAACAUUCUCUUCUUGCACUGUGCAUAUUUCAAACUUCAUAGAGUAGAGAGUACAGUCUUCAAGAUGUUGCAUAGCUUUUGGUUGUACAAAAAAUGUGGGAUGUGGAAGUUAGGUCAAUGAAUUAUAAUAAUACCACGAUGGCAUGAUGAGGUGGUUUCGCUGGGAAUAAUCCAUUAUAAAUUGAAGGAAUGUGGACCAAAUGGGAUUAAUCAACACGAGAACUAAAAGUUAAAAAAAAAAAAUGACUUGCGGGCUGUAGCAUCUAGCAUGUAAUUGACUCAAGUGUUUUUUUUUUUAAUUUUUAAUUAUACGGAAGAAGAAACUUUCACUCAUAAACACAAUUAACCGGCAUUUAUAAAUAACAAAAAGAAAAAUUAGUUUUACAAUUUAAAAGGAAUAUAAAUAUUUAUUAUGUUGAACUAUAAACUAAAAAGAGACAUAAUAUUCGAUUACAACUAAUUUUAAUUAGUAGAAAUAUAGACAAAUUUAAAUCUUUUAUUUAUAAAUCUACAUAGAUAUAUUGUAAUAGAAGAAAUUAUCCAUCUGAACAUUUUAGUGAUUCGUAAAUAUCUUCAUGAAUAAAAAGCUUUUUUCUAAAUAUUUUGUUAUGGUUAUUAAUGAAAAGGAGGAGAUGCAUGAAGAGAAUGUCACAAAUUGUAAUACUGAAUUAGUUAUAAAUAGCGGGACCAAGGCGUAGUGCGAGAAAGAAGACUAUUAAUGGGAGGUUGUAAGGUUAUGCUCUUUAGGUGUGUGUGGUAAAUUCUCUCUGAUGACAACUUCUCUAAACCUUUUAUUCUUAUAUUCUUCUCCCUGCUACUCCCUUUCUUAAUUGUUAAAUCUCUUCCUCCCCUUCCAAGUCCCUUGAUAGAUGCUCGCUGUAGCUGAGAUGGAGCUGAACUUUUUUUUCUUUAAUUCCUUUAUGACUUCAUUCCUUAUUAUCACAUCAUUUAGUACUUAGUCAAUUUAUUGUUCCAUUGAAAUUGCUGUUACUUUUUCAUAAAUAAUUAAAUAAAUAUUUUUUUAUCAGUGAAAUUUUCUACUACAACACCCUUCCAUUGGUGCUUUUCAUUGACCAUGUCUGUUGCGGACAACACGAGGAUGAAAGGCAUGGAGGCGGAUAUUAAAAAAACUUUACCAGAUGAUUGAAUCGGCAUCAAAGGAACAUAGAACAAAGAGGGCCAGAGCCUCUGAAGCUAUGAAUCUCAAAUUUGACGCGCUUCAAUCCUCUAUUACGCAACUGCUCCACAAUCUGCCCGCUCUAGCUCUCCUUCUCGUGAGUUCUCACAUGGUGCGAGCUCAGCCGGGGACCUACCAUUUCGUGUGGGAUUGCAACCCUAAAGGGUGAACGUGAUCUGUCAAAAUUUGAUGGGAGUGAUGCCUUGGGUUAGAUUUUUUUCAUGGAUCAAUAUUUUGAUGUCUUCGAGUUCCCGAUGAAGAACAGGUAGGUUUAGCAAUGCUUCAAAUGUCGGGAUCAUCCAUUCCAUGGUUUCAAUUAUCACAGCGAGCGGCACAGUUUUGUUCUUAGACUCAACUUAAGAGGGUGAUCGAGCUCGAGUUCGGACCUUCAUUGUAGGGAAUUGCUCUUCAAGCUUUAACAACAUAAAACAGUGAGCGAGUAUUAUUCCGAAUUUGUUGCUUUAAGUAAUUGUAUUCAAAUUGAACCGCAUGAUACCCUUAGGGACUGUUUUAUAAGCAGAUUAAGAUAGGAUAUUCAAAGGAAAGUGAAAGUUCAGUGUCCUCCAAGUUUGAUGCGUGUUGUGACUUUGGCGAGUUUUAUAAUAAUUUCUCGCAUUGCUCUACGAAAAAUGAGUUGUUCUUUGUUUCGCAUAAUAACAAAACCUUGGAGAAAUGAAAUUUUUUAAUCCUUUA